GGGCAGGACCGCCGCAUCCCGGAGCUGCCAGCCCUUUCAUCCGAAUUCAACAUUUUUCCUCGCUUCUCCCAUCCCCUCUUUAUUGGUUCAUGUACCAAAGAGGGCAACACGGGGUGAGGUCAGUACACGAGACCAGUUGGAGACCCCCACUGUGGAUGCGGAGGGAAAAACAUCUUGGAGGGGCGAAAGUGACGGACCAAGCGAAGCCGGAUCACCGGGAUUUCUUUUCCCCUUCUCCAGCGAGCCUGGUCGAAUUUUCGCUAACAGUUUUAAUUUGUGUCAGUGCGCCACUCGCACAGGAUUUUACCCUUCACUUUUGAAUGAUCAUUUUGACACCACUUUAAAUCGAUGCGUAACAGCUGGGAUCUUUUUCUUUUUCCUCUCUCUCUCGCUCGCUCCCUCGCAUUUGGAAUUGUGGAAUACUGCGUAGCGCAUAAAUCAAGCAGCCAGUCUUUCCACUAACUGCCUCGUGGUUUCGGAGAUAACAGCGAGAGAAAUCCAAAGCGAGCCGGGACCUUUCACAACGCUCCGGAGGCGAGACGUCGACAGCCCCGAAGCGCACUUUGCGGUGCGCAAACGCUCCUCCGAGGUCCGCACAAUUUGGCAGCCGAUCCGAGAAUUUUUCACAAAAAAAAAAAGCUCAAGUGUGGGAUUUAACUCGAAGAGGAUAAACUCGAUCAUCGUUUGACAUCGCUGGAUGGAUUGGAGCAAAAUGAAGCAUUUCUAAUUGGGAGCACACAGAUGUCAAUGUUCUCUAUCUGCAUGGAGCUCUAGUCUGCACUACGGAACAAUUUAUGGUUGGCCGCAGAACUCCCCCGGCUGUCGUACCGUGCCCACCUCGCCAUGCUGGCCUGUCUGCAGAGGAGGCAGAACCCUCCACCACAGCACCCGGUGUGUGCCAGCAAGAGCCUGGAGCCACCGCAAGCCCUGGGACGCAAAUGUGAUCUGGUGGUGCCUACACAUUCCCCUCGUUACCCAACGGCGGCAGAACUUGAUGCCUACGCUCAGAAGACAGCCAACAGUCCUCUGUCCAUCAAGAUCUUCCCAACCAACAUCAGGGUUCCCCAGCACAAGCACCUUAACAGGACUGUAAACGGAUAUGACACCACUGGCCAGCGCUACAGCCCCUAUCCACACUUCCAUACUGGGGGCUACCAUGGCCUGCUUGCCAUUGUCAAAUCCUCUUCUUCCCCCUCAUCAUCAUCCACCUUCGUCUCAUCGAAAGGUGUUCUCAAGAACUCCGAAGGCAGACGGACUAAGCUCUCUCCGGCCCACAUAGCCGUCGCCCCUUAUCCUCCAAGUAGUAGCACUUUAGUCACUGGCCCCAGCCAGAUGGGAUAUCAAACUGGGCCCACCAAGCCACCAGAGGGUCCUGGAUUGUCAGUGCCCCCUAAUGUCACUGUAGCUGGCUCAGUGAUUCCUGUAACAGGGGGACGCGGCCUAGCUCUCCCCGCACAGUCCAACCUCCCCUCCAUCCAGAGCAUCAUAUACCAGAUCAACCAGCAUUGCCAAGCCCAGGCUCUGCAGCAGGUGUGUCAAGGGGCGCCUCCCUCCAAUUCCAGUCCCUCCAAGCAGGGCACCACUGUCAUGGGGGUCUCCUCUAGCUCCUCAGGUGGAGGCUACGUGGUAGGAAUUGGUCCACAGGCCAACAUGGUGUACACGGGUUCAGGGCUGCCGGCUCAAAACUGUGAGGCGGUGAAGACCGGGGUUUACGCAGACGGUAUGGACUACAUCCUCUGGCAGAAGCAGCAGCAGCAGCAACAGCAGCAACAACAACAGGCCGUGCUACGAAUGUACAGCGGGGGCAGCGGAGGCGGAGGUGCUAUCAGCAAGUCCCCAGAAAGUUGCAUUCCGGUCAGCGGGAUCAUGGCGGGGCAGGUUUCGUCGUCCUCGUCCAGACCUUACCAGCUGACGGCGAGUGCUAGCGGUGGAGGCGGGCUGGACAAAGUGAGCUCUUCCCCAUUGAACUGCAUGGGCAUGCAUGGGAAUUUCUCAGUGGGUCAAUACUUUGCACCCCCUUGGAACAGUGUCCUGGUGACACCUGAUAGUGACUGCUACAACCCCCAGGAGCUUCUGGUGUCCUCAACAGGCGGGUCGGUCACGGGCCACAGAGAUGUGGGCUUCCCGCACCAUCCUUAUCACCACCACCACCACCAUCAUCACCACCACCCCGGCAUCGACAGCAGCGGCCGUCUUUGUUGCAGCCUGCCCAGCAAGAGUUUGUGCAACACGUCCGUGUUGAGCAGCAGCUUGCAGUCUCUGGAAUACCUGAUCAACGACAUCCACCCACCCUGCAUAAAGGAGCAGAUGCUGGGCAAAGGCUACGAAACUGUGUCGGUGCCACGUCUGUUGGACCACCAGCACGCACACAUCCGCCUCCCCGUUUACAGAUAGAGGCAGAGCAGAAUCGCAAGAAUCGAGUUGCGAAUUUGUAAAGUCAAAGAACAGAUUCCGUUUCGCGGGGGGGUGAAGAUUUGCUUUAACCGGCGCGCAAGCUUAGCGAGUCGUGCGAACCAAUACACGGUGGUUUCCAGCCAGGCUAGGAGAAUUCCAAAUAAGAGAAGGCAGUAGUGAUUGCAAAUGGAGGAGAAAAGGGAUUUUAACAUUCUCCUGAUGAUCCAUUGUGCGAUUUGCCAAUAGGAGUUUUGCAUUGAUUUAUUUGUCUUUCUGUUUCCUUUCACGUUGCUGUUUUCCUUGCCUGAACUGUUAACUUUUUUCUCUUUUAUUUCUCCGGUGGAAUCAUAGCUUGACAUGAAGUGCAUACGCCACUUGUACCCACACUUCAAAUAAUAAGACUGAAGCUACUGCGUAGGUCGUCACUGAAAUAAACGGUCUUCAGAGGACCAAAGUUUAGGGCUGCUCACAACAUCCGAAAACCACAUGCAGAUGGAUGAAGACAAGACUCGGUGAAAUUAGAGCCAGGACUCCAAUGUUCUGUACAAGAAUCAUCAAGUCGGAUUAGCUAAGGAUAGUACAUUAUUAAUGAUUAUUGCUGUUAUAAUUGAUACAAAAAUUGCACUGCUUGAAUCUUGUUAACUUUGAAGUUUGGAAUUGGGUAGUUUGGAUAUGAUAUAUUUAAGAAACUUGAAAAACUUGAACCUAUUUUAUGUUGUUUUAUAUAUUUGUAGGUAUAUUAUAUGUAUUGGCUGCUAUGGGGAAAAGUGUUUCGGAUGCUUUGUUUUUUUUCCACUUGGUUUUUAUGGUUUAAAUAUUCCUUUUCAAGCUAAUGUGCAGUUUCAUAUGUCUUGGUUUAAGGCAUCAUCGUCGCUUCGGUUCUGUAAGAACUGACUUUGUCAGAGUUUGUGACCAACACUGGAAACAUGGUGGUUGAAAAGUGACUAGGCAUUAUAAAUGGGUCGUAUUAUUCAUAUUACAAUUACAAAUUUAUCGGAGCAUUUGGUGCAUGUUCUUUAUACAUGGGGUGGAAAAGUUCAUAUAGUAUUUUAAAGGGAACCGCGGACUGUUCUUAAAAGAUAAAUGUUAGUAUGAUUAUAAUAAUUUUGUAUUCAAAUCCAUAUUAAUGUUUUUAUCAAAUUUGAAAAAUUAGUUGUAGGUCGCCAUUGUUGUUGACGACGCAAUGCACUCUGGGCGGUGACGUCACUGGGCAGAGCUGCCGUACUUCCACAGUGUCACUCGUUAGUAGGCAUGUGCCUGUAUGAGAUUCUGACGUUAUGAUAACCUGAAGCCAAAAUAUCACGGUAACACGGUAUUGCAAUUACAUCAAAAAUAAAAUUAAAAUAAAUGCUGUCCUUUAGGUGUGCAUAAACCCACAGCUCAAAAUGAUUACCAUCAGAACAAAAACAAAUGAAUUACUUUCCAUAAAAAGCAUGUGUGUAUGACUCGUAUCAUUUUUACAUUAUCUUUCUCAUCACAGACAGUUGCCAAAAAAACACAUUUUACCACCGCUAGACACACUAAACACACUGGAGUUAACUCUUGUAGCUGGUGGGAAACGUUCACGAUAGUGUUUACUAACCUUUAAUUUUGUAUAAAUGCGAAAUCAUAUUGGAGGUAUUGCCUCCUCGGCAGCCUCCGCAAACAUGUUUUCCAUGUCAUUUGGCCCUCCUCCUCUAAGCCGCGGCCGUCUGUAACUUUUCUGUAGCCGAAGUAUUACCAUACCAGCGAUUUUGUUUUCUUCGAUGGAGGGGGAAAAAAUCAGAAGUUUUACCUCCUCCAGCCAUCGUGUAGCACAGCUGACUCACUGACACUGAGCAACAACCGGUGGGGAAGGGUCGAGCAAGGGGUUUCUCCCUGCAUUUUUGGGACAUAAAAAAUAGCUAAUACCUUCGGGACAGUAUGAUGGAAAAUGUUUGUGGUUUUUCAAACUUUGACCUUUUCAUACUGCGGCAUACAUUAAAACCAUUAAUCAGCACAUGUCUACUUGUUAGCUACAUAAACAUGUCGUCGGUUCUGUCCUUCCAAUUUGAACCCAAGCGAAAAGUGAUGACCAGGACAGCACUGUCAAUAUUUUGCAAAAUGAGCAGCAAAAGCAAUUAAAUGAAGGUCUCCAGCGGGAUUCGAACACGUGUUUCCCGUGCGACAGACGAGCACGUAGACCACAGGACUAUUUUUUUCACGUGACUCUUGGGUCAUGAUUUUCCUUACAUAGCAAUUGCAACCCAUUUGUGUUGUCCGUCUGUGUUGUGAAACCUGAAAGAGAAACGCAACUGAAAAGAAAAUUCGGCUGGCUUGACCACGGAAUUAGAAAACUGGGUUCACUUCAGACAGCAAGUAGACAACAAUAACAUAGGGAUUGCGUAAAGGAGUUUAUUGAACACACACACAAAAAAACGCAAAACAAAAAGGGAGACACACAAAGGGUCUGUAACAGUAGAUCGGGAUAAACUAAAAAAAACAACAAAAAAACGAUGGAAAUCUGUGGUGAGAUGCAGACAAACUAAAACAACAAGGCAAUGAUGCAACUAGCAACGAAGGGAUAUACAAACUGUCAAAUGACAGCAAGUCAAUAUCUCGGCAAGCCGCCUAGGAUCGGUUUAAAGUCACUGCUGAUGAGCUGGAAUUGGAUGCAGGUACAACGUCGGGAACUCAUCCCACAUCUCUCUAACAAAACCAUCUGACCAUCAGCUGAAUGUAACAAAAUCAUGCCAGUCGUCAUAGUAGCUUCACUUGCUAGCUAACACAGCUAUUCCGCAUCAUCACCCCCAGCAUGCAUUGCGCACGUAAAAACACGGCGCCUUCCGCAGGUCAAAACAUGUACUAAAUAUUACAGAUUUUUAAAUCAAUCGCAAUAAUAUGUGUUUCAAAUCACAUAUUUUAGUAAAAGAGAACAAUUGUGGCUUAUUCGAGCCUACAAUUCUUUUAAGUCCAAGGUUCCCUUUAACAUAAUUGACAGUGGCAAAAACAAGAAACCAACAUGUGAAUUCACUAGAUGUCUAGAAAAAAAUAUGAAUUAAUAAAUAGGUUUGUUUAAAAAUAAAUCACUUUAGUGAUACGAAAUAUUGAAGCAAUUCAUAGUGGCUAGUUGCUUUUCAUCCACUACGACCAAUUACAAAGGAGUAUUAGGGCCACACUUAAAAGGAAAUCAUUUUAGGGCACUUUCACAUCAGACCAAGAGGACCAGGGUCCGGUUGGAGAGCUACCUUGCAACAACACUUACGAAUGACUUGUUGAAAAGGUUCAAUAUUCGGGGGCAAAACACACGGGAGGCGAUGGCGAAAUGCGAAAGUCAUCGCUGUUGAGCCGAAAGUAAACAUACAGGGUGCGAUGCAACAGCAGCGGCAAGCAACAGCGACAUGCAUCUCUCUCUGGCUGUGCGUUGCCGCUCGUCUCUGAUUGGCUAUGAAUCUGGAAAGCAUUUUAAAAUUUCCGGUCUUUUCUGAGCGCCAGCAACUUCCCGUACUGCUGCUUCUUUAUUUAUCAUCAUCAUUUAUCAUGCCGAGAGGUAUCAUAAAGUCCAGGUAGUCCCCGGUUUACGACGUACUCGACUUAUGCGAUUUUGACUUUACCUAAUUGUACCUCACAGUAGCUUAUUUUUUUUUACGUUAUUAACAAGACUUGUUCUGUCCUUACUAAAUAUGAAGUUGUUCAGCUUGACAGACAGCAAACAAAGCAAUUGUGCUUUUGAAGCUUUUUUCUUCCUUCACUUUUGACAAUUAGUAAAGCUGUAACACACAUACGUACACGUCUGUUCAAAACGACACACAUUUUUGCAAUAUAACACUUGACCCAAAACAAUAGGUGUUCAAACGUCUAUCUAGUCUGAUCAAUAUGUAAAUUAAGUAGAUUAAAUUAGCCUAAUUUGCUUGGCAAAAGUCAGCUAACUUAAAUGCUCCGAAUGCUAACGUAUUUAAAAUUCUCAUAGCAAAUCGCUCACACGUAACUCCACAAACUGUAGCUCUAAACUCAAUUACAAAUGCAUACACAACCAUAUAUUAGCUGAAAUAACUUAAAGCCUUAUGUGAGCCAGCAGCUAUCCUUUAGUGCAGGGGUCGGCAACUCAAAAUGUUGAAAGAGCCAUAUUGGACAAAAAAUACUCAAGUCUGGAGCCACAAAAACUUAAGCCUUAUAAUUAAGGCAACAGAUGCUGGAUGCAUCUAUAAUAGCCUAAUAUAAAAAUGACUAUAUUGGCCACAAAUACGUACAUAAUGAAUCUUCAUGAUUAAAUUUGCUUAUUUUGCCUAGCAAAAGUCCACUAGCUUAAAUGCUAUGAAUGCUAACGUAUUCAAAAUUCUCAAAGCAAAUCACUCACAUGUUACUCCACAAACUGUAGCUCUAAACUUAAUUACAAAUGCAUACACAAACAUAUAUUAGCUGAAACAACUUACAGCCUUAUAUGGGCCAAACCAGAGCGCAGCUAUCCUUAAGUGCAGGGGUCGGCAACCCAAAAUGUUAAAAGAGCCAUAUUGGACCAAAAAAACUCAAGUCUGGAGCCACAAAAACUUCAGCCUUUUAUGAAGGCAACAGAGGCUGGAUGCAUCUGUAUUAGCCUAAUAUAAAAAUGAGGGGUCAGCAACCCAAAAUGUCGAAAGAGCCAUAUUGAACCAAAAAAACUUAAGUCUGGACUAUAUUGGCCACAAAUACGUACGUAAUGAGUCUUCAUAAUUAAAUUAACUUACUUUGCCUAGCAAAAGUCCACUAGCUUAAAUGCUAUGAAUGCUAACGUAUUUACAAUUCUAAUAGCAAAUCGCUCACAUGUUACUCCACAAACUGUUGCUCUAAACCUAAUUACAAAUGCAUACACAAACAUAUAUUAGCUGAAACAACUUACAGUCUUAUGUGAGCCACACCAGAGCACAGCUAUCCUUUUGCGCAGGGGUUGCCAACCCAAAAUGUCGAAAGAGCCAUAUUGGACCAAAAAAACUCAAGUCUGGAGCUACAAAAACUUAAGUCUUAUAAUGAAGGCAACAGAUGCUGGAUGCAUCUACAGUGGGGAGAACAAGUAUUUGAUACACUGCCAAUGGGUUUUCCCAUUGGCAGUGUAUCAAAUAUUUGUUCUCCCCACUGUAUAUUAGCCUAAUAUAAAAAUGACUAUAUUGGCCACAAAUAUGUACAUAAUGAGUCUUCAUGAUUAAAUUAGCUUACUUUGCCUAGCAAAAGUCCACUAGCUUAACCCUUUAAUGCCAGCAAUAUGAAGCAAUCGUAAAAUUUGAAAAAUAAGGUCUUAAAGAAACCUUUUUUUCAAAUUUGUAAAAAGAAAAGUCAAAAUGAAUAUGUGUAAUAAGCGCUCUAAUAUCUAUAACCCUUGCUGUAUUCCUGUUUCUUUUUCUCAUGGAACCUGCAGAUGCAUGUGUUGACUUGUAUCCAUUUUCCAAAAAGAAAUGUCAAAAUUCUGAAUUAGUCUCAAAAUCAUGAAAUUUUAGUUGUAUCAAAUGUGAUACAUUUGGCAAUAAAGGGUUAAAUGCUACGAAUGCUAACGUAUUCAAAUUUUUCACUUGACACAAAACAAUUGGUGUUCAAACGUCCAUGUAGUCUGAUCAAUAUAUAAAUUUGGAUUGCUAAUAUUGAAAUUGCUAAUAUAUAACUCCACAAACUAUAGCUCUAAACUUAAAUGCAUGCACAAACAUCUAUUAGCUGAAACAACUUACAGCUUAAUGUGGGCCAAACGAGAGGGCAGCUGUCCUAUAUCCAUGUCAGACGAGUCUCCUACUCAGUCAUAGAGGCCAAGGCGACAGUUCAGCCACACCCAAUGCUGCCACAAGAGGUCAGUGUAUCCUCCAUCAUGAAACAAAAUACUUCUGGACUUUUUGGCCAGUCAUUUUUUUAGGAUUAAUUCCGUUUUAAUUCAGGUUACGUCGCCAGCGUAGAAACGGAACUCAUUCGUAACCCGUGGACUACCUGUAUAAAUCUUUAUCCUUCAGAUUGAGCUUUUUCCUCAUAAUGUUGCUCUUCUUUUCAGUGUCUUUCCUAAUACUCCUUAAGAAUGAAUCUUGAAACAACUAUUUAAAAAGAACAUACAAAACAGAAAUGUUACAGUGAGGAAUGUGAAUUACAAGGUUAUCGAUAUACAUGUACGUGUGCUUAACGCGUGGAUGAGUGUGUGUAUGUUCCCGCCGUGCAUUUUAGCUCUUCGAAAGCCUCAGACUUUUUAUUUUCCCAUGUCAUUUGAAGAUUUUGACCAGUCCCCAUGAAACCAUUUCAAGUAAUGUACAGGAUUCCUUUUGCUGAUUUUGCUUCCUUUUUAACAAAGGCCUAAGCGGCUCCUUUCAAAGUGUGACUGUCACAUCUGCCUUCUCUGUCAGGUGUCAUCAUAGCGGUAGAGGUAGCUGGGCUAGAAGGAAAUCCUACUUUGGGAGUUGCGAUUCACUCCGCUUGCAAAUAUAAAAAUGAAAACAAUCAUUUGCUCUCCUCUGGCAUCAGAUGAAAUGAGACAAGGGUCAUUGGUUUUCCUUGUUCGUUUUAGCCUCUGGUUGGGAUGCAUUUAGCCCUGGCCAGUCUUAACUAGAUGAUUCAGAGUAGUGAAAUAUUUAUUAUGACUGUGAGAUUCCCUUGAAUGUACUGCACUUAAAUUACUGCGAUGUGUUAUUGCCUUGUGGGAUUCAAGUGAAAGCGAAAAAUUGGAUCAGUGCAGCAGACCUGUGGUCUUGAUUAGCAUUUCUUUUGUCAGUGGAAUUUCAAUGCUAAAUUCAAUUUAUGAAAUAAAGUGGAAGCUGGAGCUUUGUUGUUGGGAAAUACUGGCAUCAGUCUAGAUUUAUGAAGUGCAAUUAUUAUGACUGUAUGAACAUUUUUUUUUCUCUGAGCUUACACCAAAAAAAAAAAUGUAAACUACAGUUGUCAAUACAUUCCCAAUGUACCACAUCCCUAACCCCUAUCCUUUUUGUUUUGUUUUGAGGUGUAAAAUAAAUUUCUUUAAGAAUAUAUCCAGAGGCCACGUCUCGGCUUUGACGUCUGUCAUUAUUUUCUAAACCUAGAUGUCCUUUUAGAUGUCGGCGGGGAGUCGGACCCUGCGGGACUUUGAACAGAGGCUUGAAGAGUGAUGUUGAACCUUUGCUGUCAUUGAGGGGGGAAUAACUGUUGAGUUGUCUUCUUUAAUCCUUCGGGGAUAGAAAUACCACACUUCAUUAUCACAAUAAAAAAAAGGGAUAAAAUACUGAUUAUAUGAUGGUUUCCCCAAAGAAGAAAUGUGUCUUUCGUUAAAGUGCAUAUGACAGGAUUAAAAAAAAACG